AUGCAAACCUUUAUCUUAGCAAUUGAGAAGCAAUUAACACUGCCUGGGCCACUGACGGAGCACUGCACCAUUGACAGGUGCAACCAUUGCAAGAACGGCGUACAGCCUAAUUCUGAAUUGGUCAAUCUUCGACAAGAACUGAAGGACAUCCGUGCGCGUUACAGGGCGUUACUUGCGGAGAUUCAACAGUUCAAGGAGGAGCAUGAAGACUUGUAUGUGUAUCUCACCAAGAGCGUGCACAACAUCCACACACUUCAAACACAGGCGAUAUACCAGAAUACAGUCAACGACAUGCUCCUCGAGGAGCUGGCAGCGAUCAGGGAGACGUGCUCACCUGAAGUAAACCUACCCGAAUGCUAUGAAAGGGUAUCGGGGGCAACUGCCAAUAUCAACGCUCAACUUCCUCCGCCCCCAAGCCAGUUCUGUAAACACGGUGGCAAGGAUGUUUAA